GCUACAAUUUACAGUACACAUGCUAGAGGAGUAGCAUAUUUGACUUGAUAUCAUCUCAAGCUGUUUUACUUACUCCACUUCAGAGGAAUUGUAAAAUGAGAAUGGAAAAAAACGAGUCUUCCUUUUUCCUCAACAACCAUUAAUCUUAUCGUUUCACGCCAGCUGGUGUAAAUUAACUGCUUUUGGUUUUAUGCAGUUAGGCGCAGCUUUGUAUGGUAAUGGUUGUACCAGAACAGGUUUGGUCAUAUAGUUUAGUGCCAACACUCCUCAGAGCACCAUGUUUUUGCACCAAAGAGCAAAUUGCCAGGUAACUAGUUUUGAAUCAUACACUACCGUUCAACCAUUUGGGGUCAGUUGCAUUAAAUUGAUCACAAGUGACAGUGAAGACAUUUCUAAUGUUACAAAGAUUUCUAUUUCAGAUAAAUGCUGUUCUUUUGAACUGAAACAGAUGUAUCCACAAAAUAUGAAACAGCACAACUGUUCUCAACAUAAUUAUAAUACUAAGAGUAAGAUAAUAAUAAGAAAUGUUUCUUGUGCUGCAUAUUAGAAUGAUUUCUGAAGAAUCAUGUGACAUUGAAGACUGGAGUAAUGAUGCUGAAAAUUCAGCUUUUUUAUCACGGGAAUAAAUUACAUUUUAAAAGAUAUUCGAAUAGAAAACAGAUAUUUUAAAUAGUAACAACAUUUAACAAUUUUUCUGCUUUUGCUGUAUUUAUGAUCAAAUAAAUGCAGCCUUCGGUUACACUUUUUUUUAAAGGUGUCCUUGUUACAGUGUAAUUAUACUUUUAAGUGCUGAGUAAUAUUAAUUAAUAUUGUACUUACUAUAUGGUUAGGGUUACUUGCAAGUAAUUAUGCAGAAUUUAUUGGUAUUACAAUAGUAACAAGGACACCUUAAAUAAAGUGUUACCAAGACUUCUUUCAAAACAGUAAAAAAAAAUCCCCUGUUAUAUAGUUAAUAAUAAUAGGGAAACAUUCUACCUUUCAAAUGAUCCUUACAUUGUUGAAAAGCUGUGAAGGAAACUAGUCUUAUCACCGAACAUGCAAACAACUAGUUUCUAUUAAUAGUGCGCAAAGCAGUUCUGUCCUUGUUUUAUAGCUUAGAUUAUUUACUUAAUUACUGAAUUACUUUAUUUUUUUUUUUUCACUUAAUUACUUUAACCACUAACACAGUCAUAGUGGUGAAUGACUUCACACAACCUCAAAGGUGGAGGUGAAUAGUGUAACUUCAGUAAAUCUUCAGUUAAUAUAGACAUGAAAUUGCAGUUAGGGCAACCUGGACCUUUUGUUCUGUUGUAGUCUGUUAAAAAUGUCAUACUUUACAUUUUUUAGCUGAAUGACAGACACUCUCUAACACAGCAUCAUUCACCGCUCUAAUUUCCCUUCUGACUAAGUGAACAAUAGGAAAGAAAACGGUAUGCUUUGAUUAACAAAUGACUUCCACAGCCCCGCUCUGUGUGCAUGUGGUCAGGCUAGAUGUCUUUAGAACGAUUGCAGCAUUUGUCUCUAUUUGCAUUAGUGCAACCCACUCAACUGUCCUCUUGUGUUACAUAUUAAGCUGCGCUUUGCAUCUUUUAUUGGCUCCACUUUCCCUUUUGUUCCAUCAGUGGUUUGGCUUUUAUCAAGAUUUUUUUACUUUGUUUAUAAUUUAUAGAAUUAGAUAGUCGUUAUUUACUGUCGUUAUUUGCUCAUUUUCAUGUUGUUCCAUCCAUACCUGUAUGAUUUUCUGCUUUGUGAAAGUCAGUGGGGUCCAAAGUUGUUUGCAUCCCAACUUUCUUCAAAAUAUCUUCUUUGUGCUCCACAAAAGAAUGUCAAAAUUUAGAAAGGCAGGAGAGUGAGAAAAUGAUGGCAGAAUUCAUUUUCAUAUUUUAAGUUGAAUUUCUUUAUAUUGUAUUAUAUAUAUAUAUAUAUAUAAAAUAAAGCAAAUGUUUGAAUAUGUAUAUUUGAUUCAACUUCCGCAUAGAAACUUUUCUGUGUGUUUUAGCAGAUCUGAGUAUUUGAUUUUGGUCAUUUUACUCUUUGUGGCUUUGCAUAUUUGUAAUUCUCAUUUGCAACGCAGACUAAUGUGGGAUAUUUCCAGACUUUUUUGUGCAUUUGUACUCACGAGGCACCACGUUUGCUGAAGCUGACCUGUCUUUGGCUCCGCCCACUGUCCCCACAUGUCUAACCUCAAUCACCCACAAUGCCAGAGCACAGAAACCUUCACACAUAAAGUUCUGAUCCACCAGUGGCACUCAUCUUCAUCGCAGACACCUGUCCUGAAGACUGAAGAGAUAAGCUCAGGAGAGACAGACAUGGAGACCUCCGUUGAACAGGCUCGCUGGGUUUCCUCCUCCAUGGUAUCAUCAGAGGCGAUGCCCUCUUACCCAACUGACUCCAGCUAUAUGGUCCACACUGAAGAGGGUUCGAUGUUCCCCUGGACUGAUGCCGAUCACAGCAGCCUGCCCUCUUUAUUCAGCAGCCCGGUCCAUGGCCGUCCAUCUGGAGCUUUUCAAAACAGCCCAGUAUAUCCCGUGUACUCCUCUCCAUUCCUCGGAAACCUGUCCUGGCUGGAAAGUUCUAACAGCCCUGCUCUAACCAACCUCUUCCCAUCAUCCCCGUCAACCUGGCACAGCAGUGCAUUUUCUAAGACGUCCUCGUCAUCCUUCCACGGCUCCACGGCCCUGUCCUCAGCCAGACAGCCUCGUUCUGCCCUUCACUCCCCUAUCCAGCACCAAAAGGAGAGCUUCGGUGUGCAGGAGAGUGUGAAAGGAGAGAGGCUGAGUCCUCCUGGAGGUGGGGAGGCGUUUGGUGGUGUGUUUCCCCCCUCAGUGAGUGACGUGUACGCACAGACACACUCUUUAAAAGCACACUCGCAGUCACUGCCCCACUACGGUCCCUACGGGAGCUUCACGCAGGACUACAACAGUUCACUUCUCUACACACCCUCAUCCUUCUCACCCAAAUUAUGCAACAAGAUGAAAUUCUCUCCUUUAGAGCCGCGUGAGUGUGUGAACUGUGGGGCCACUGCAACCCCUCUGUGGCGGCGUGAUGGAACGGGACAUUACCUCUGCAAUGCCUGCGGACUGUACCACAAGAUGAACGGACAGAACAGACCCCUCAUCCGGCCCAAAAAGAGACUGGUCAUCAGUAAGCGAACAGGAACUCAGUGUGCGAACUGUCAGACCAGCACCACCACGCUGUGGAGACGCAACGCCAGCGGAGAGCCCGUGUGUAACGCUUGCGGACUCUAUUUCAAGCUUCACAAUGUGAACAGACCGCUGACUAUGAAGAAGGAAGGCAUUCAGACACGUAACCGUAAAGUGUCCAGCAAGAACAGGAAAGGGAAAAGGUUUAGCGCUACAGAGGAGAAUCUGUAUUUUUCAAAGAAUCCUGCGUCUGAUGAGCAUUUCGACUUGUAUUCUCAGAGUCCAGGAGUUCUGGGCGUCUACAGCCACUCUUCCCAUUCACUGCCGCCCACCGCUGCCUUCCACAGCCGCCAGCCUGCCCUACCCAUACCACCCACCAGCUGCCAUGUUACCCAGCAUGGUGUGACGGAAACUGGACAGAAGUCUGAGUUCAUGGAAAGCUGGAAAAAGUUGUACAAAACACUCACGACUCAUGUGUUCAGAUACUCAGCAAAAACAUACUUGAAAGCUUAACCAAUGCAGAUGCAAGAAAAAAACUAAAAAUAUUUGGAUGCUUAAGGCACACAUAAUAGCUGAAUGUUAAUGCGUUGCAUACAAAACAUCAAAUCAUGUGCAUUUAUUUUAGAGAAAGAAAGAACAAUCGCACUUUUCAAGUUUGUUUGAUUUGAAAAGCUUGAAAGAUGACAAAUAUUACAACACUUUUUUUAUUUGAAGCAUUAGUGUAGCAUGUUCAUAGUUAUAAAACUACAUAAAUGUUUUGACAAAAGUUUGGGGUCAGUAAGAUAUCUAUUUUUAAAGAAAUUAAAACUUCUAUUCAGCAAGGACGCAUUUAAUUGCUCAAAAGCGGGAAAGACUGUCAAAAGCUGUUCUUUUGAACUAUUUAUCAAAGAAUCUUGAAAAAAUGUAUGACAAAAAUAUGAAGCAGCAAAACUGUUUCAACGUCAAUAAUAAUCAGAAAUGUUUCUUGAGCAGCAAAUCAGCAUAUUAGAAUGAUUUCUGAAGGAUCAUGUGACACUGAAGACUGGAGUAAUGAUCCUUAAAAUUCAGCUUUUGCAAUAUAUUCAAAUAGAAAACUAUUAUUUUAAAUAGGAAUAAUAUUUCACAUUAUUACUGUUUUUACUGUAUUUCUGAUCAAAUAUAUGCAGCCUUGGUGAGCAUAAGAGGCUACUUUCAAAAACCUACCCCAAACUUUCAAAUGGUAGUGUAUAUAUAGACUACCUUUAUUUUCU